CCCAAAAUAAGAAAACCAUCUCCCGCCCGCCCGGAGGCUGGAGGCACACUAAAACCUCCAUUCUCUUAUUGCUGCCUCUACUGUUGAAGUGGGGAAACUGCUGAGCUUCAAACUUAGAGAUUCUAAUCUCUCAAUUCAUAAUAGGGGUUCGAGAAUGAAAGUUGAUCCGGGGUCCGCUGACUUACUUCAUUUAUCCCGAUUUCAAUGCAAAAGAAGAAAGGUUUCUCUUCAUGGAGCAGUUUCGGGCCAGGUUUGCCCCGAGACUGAAGCUUCUUUGCCUACUCUACAUUCUGCUGAUUAUUUUACGAUACCUUGCUUGAGCGAAUUGGCUGUUAGGGAGUUUACUAGUCCCGGUUAUUGCAGUAGAGUUGUAGAUUUUACUGUUGGAAGGGUUGGUUAUGGAUGUAUUAGAUUUAUUGGGGAGACUGACAUAAGAGGGCUGGAUUUGGAUCACAUUGUUAAGUUUAGGCGGCACGAAGUGGUUGUUUAUGAGGAUGAAAGUUCCAAGCCUGCAGUUGGUAUGGGACUUAACAAGCCUGCUGAAGUAACUCUGUUACUGAAACUAAGGUCCUUAAUACAAAAUAUUGAAGAUUCAUCAAGAAAAAUCCUAGAGAAUUUGCAACUAAAAACAAAGAGGCAAGGAGCACAGUUCAUUUCAUUUGACAGCUCAACUGGUGAAUGGAAAUUCCUGGUUCAACAUUUUAGCAGAUUUGGUUUGAGUGACGAUGAAGAAGAAGAUAUUGCUAUGGAUGAUGUGUCUCCAGAAUGUCAAGAUCCUUUGGAUAUGAAUGGACGUGAACUUUCCGAUAUCAAUGAAGAAACCUCCUUGGUUGACCCAACACUCCUCUCCCAUUCUCUUCCAGCUCAUCUGGGGCUUGAUCCCGUGAAGAUGAAAGAAAUGCGAAUGUUGAUGUUUCCAUCUGAGGAAGAGAAUUUAGAUGAUUAUAGUGGUAUGCCUUCACAUUGUAGACCACGCUUCAAUAAAGAAUCCUCAAGAUCACCAUUGCAGUUGCAGCAUGUUUCACAUGCAACAGUCCAGAAAAGUAGCCCCCCAUUGAUUCGCAAGACACCUUUAGCUCUUAUUGAAUACAAUGUUGGUAGUUUUGGCUCAGGCACUCCUGGUUCUAUUUUGAUGGCACAACAAAACAAGGGGGUGCUCUUAAAGAAAACAAAUGCUGAAGGAUUUAGGCUGGAUGCCAAGCAGCAAACUCCUGUAACUGGUAGUCUUUCUCACAAUGUGGUUGAUGCUGCACUGUUUAUGGGUAGAUCAUUUCGAGUAGGAUGGGGGCCUAAUGGCAUCCUUGUUCAUUCUGGUGCACCAGUUGGAGCUAGUGAAUCUAUAAUAUCUUCUGUAAUCAACUUCGAAAAAGUUGCAAUUGACCAAGUGGCAAGAGAUGAAAAUAACAAAGUCAGGGAUGAACUUAUAGAUUUUUGUUUUGCUUCCCCUCUGAAUCUCCACAAGGAAAUAAAUCAUGAAACAAAAGAGGUUGAGGUGGGGCAGUGCAGCUUAAAGCUUCAAAGGCUUGUAUGUGAUCGUUUGAUCCUUUCAGAUGUUUGCCGGAGCUAUAUUGAAAUUGUUGAGAAGCAACUGGAGGUUCCUGGAUUGUCAUCCUCUUCUCGUAUUGUAUUGAUGCACCAAGCAAUGGUCUGGGAACUAAUUAAAGUUCUCUUUUCUUCUAGGCAAGUGAGCGGGAAACCAAAAUCUCUGGAAGGUGAUAGUGAGGAAGAUAUGAUAUUUGAAGGGAAAGAAAGCGCAUCAGAUAUAGACACAGAGGCACUCCCACUGAUUAGAAGAGCAGAAUUCAGUUAUUGGUUGCAGGAGAGUGUUUGUCACCGGGUUCAGGAGGAAGUGAGCUCCUUGAAUGAGUCAAGUGAGCUACAACACAUAUUCUUGCUGCUGACAGGCCGACAGCUAGAUGCUGCCGUGGAGCUUGCUGCUUCUAGAGGAGAUGUUAGAUUGGCAUGUCUUCUGAGCCAAGCUGGUGGCUUUACAGACAACCGCUCUGAUAUUGCUAGACAGCUUGAGCUUUGGAGCAGAAAUGGAUUGGACUUUAAUUUUAUCGAAGCAGAAAGAGUUAGACUUCUUCAGUUGCUUGCUGGCAACAUCCAUUUGGCAUUACAUGAUGUAAAUAUAGACUGGAAAAGAUUUUUGGGACUGUUGAUGUGGUAUCAUCUUUCACCUGAUACUUCAUUGCCUAUUGUUUUCCGCUCAUAUCAACAACUUCUCAAUGACGGCAAAGCUCCAUGUCCUGUGCCUAUUUACAUUGAUGAAGGACCAGUAGAAGAGUCUCUGAACUGCCACAAAGAGGAAAAGUUUGACCUAGCUUAUUAUCUUAUGCUACUUCAUGCCAAUCAAGAAAUUGAUUUUGGUGUUUUAAAGGCAAUGUUUAGUGCCUUUGCAUCAACAAAUGAUCCACUUGACUACCAUAUGAUUUGGCAUCAACGAGCAGUUCUAGAAGCAGUUGGUGCUUUCAGUUCUAAUGAUCUUCAUGUUUUAGACAUGGGACUUGUUUCCCAACUGCUUUGUCUUGGGCAAUGUCAUUUGGCCAUCUAUGUGGUGCUGCACAUGCGAUAUCGUGAAGAUUACCCAUAUUUACAUGCCACCGUGAUAAGGGAAAUCCUUUUCCAAUAUUGCGAAACUUGGAGUUCUCAGGAUUUGCAAUGGCAGUUUAUUGAGGGCUUGGGCAUUCCUUCACCAUGGUUACAUGAGGCACUGGCAAUGUAUUCCAAUUAUUAUGGUGAUUACUCAAAAUCUCUAGAACACUUUAUUGAGUGUGGAAACUGGCAGAAGGCACAUACCACUUUCAUGACUUAUGUUGCUCAUUCUCUCUUUUUAUCAGGGGAGCACUCUGAGAUAUGGAGACUCACGACCUCCAUGGAGGACUUUAAAGCAGAGAUUGAAGAUUGGGACUUAGGAGCUGGAAUAUAUUUAUCAUUCUAUUUUCUAAGAAGUUCAUUGCAGGAAGAGAAUGAUGCAAUGAAUGAACUGGAUUCUCUGGAGAAGAAAAAUGAUGCAUGUGCAGAGUUCAUUAGUCACUUAAAUGAGUCUCUGGCUGUUUGGAGUAGCAAACUACCCGUGGAUGCAAGGGUUGUUUAUUCAAAGAUGGCGGAGGAAAUAUCGAAUUUGCUUCUAUCUGAUAGCGGUGAAGGGUCAACAAGCGAGGUUCAAUUAAGUUGUUAUGAUACGGUGUUUAGUGCACCCUUCCCUGAAGACCUUCGGACAUAUCAUCUGCAGGAUGCAGUGUCAUGUUUUACAUCUUACCUUUCAGAAUUUGCUUAGUGCUUCGCUUUUUUUUUUUUUUUUUUUUUUUUUUUUUUUUUUUUGGCCUGUAUACGUCCUUUUGGAAAUUUAGAAAUGCAAAUUUAAUCAUGGGGACUGCUAGUUCUGCAUAUAUACUUCUGUUCAUUUCCAUAGACGGUGUGCGUCCUAAGUCCUAACCCUAUUCUACCUCAUUUGACUUUCAAUGAAUCAAAUGUCACAUUUAUUUCAUGGUAAGGUUAUAUAGUACCGAGUAUUAUUUUAUGAUA